AUGCGCGUUUUGCAGGUCUCUCUGAGGUACGCCAACCAGCACCUGUGUGGCGGGACUCUGAUCGACUCCCAGUGGGUUCUCACCGCAGCGCACUGUUUUGAAGACACGAACCACCACGGUUGGACUGUCGGGGUCGGCUUACAUGACCAGCAUCACGUGCACUCCUCAAACAUCCAUCACGUGUCAAAGGUGGUCGUCCAUUCGCAUUAUAAUUCGCAUAACAACCACAACGACAUCGCCCUGAUGAAGCUCUCCUCACCCAUCGAUCUAUCUGGCAAUUAUGCAAAAGCGGCAUGUUUACCAAGCAGUAACGAGAAUUUCGAGCACAACACGUGCACUGUCACCGGUUGGGGCGUCACCCAUUACGAUGAACAUGGUAACGCACCUUUGACUCGGUACCUGAUGAAGGUUGAUGUGCCGGUGUUGACCAAUGCUCAGUGUCAAUACGACCUCGGACGGCACGCCAUCUACACCGGAAACAUCUGCGCUGGCUUCAGUCAGGGUGGCAGAGACGCUUGUCAGGGUGACUCCGGCGGUCCGAUGGUAUGCAAACAUAACGGGGUAUACAAGUUGGCAGGCGUGGUAUCCUGGGGUUACGGUUGCGGUGAUGCUCAUACACCAGGUGUAUACACUCGGGUAUCCUCUUUCCUGUCCUGGAUAGCCCAACACAAACACUAGGUUGUUACUUGUCGUUAUCACCGUUGUUUAUAGCAUUAAAAUCGUUGACUAAAUAUA